AUUUGUUAGUAUUCCCUAACCAGCAAUCAAAUCAAUAAGUUAUCAAAUAUUAAAGUGUUCGUCGUGACCACAAGUGCGUCACUGUGGUGCCCAGCAGGUUGUGGCUCAGAUAUCGUAACUUCCACUGACCCUGACCAAGUGCGCUCGAUUGUAUCAUUGUUGCACUGCUUCGUUUCUCUCUGCGCUCUUCGCUGUGCUCUGCUCUCGGCGAUCAGGAAACAAUCAGUUUGCAUUUCAGUCAGCCAAAAAUGACGAAAUAUAUAGAGGAGGAACCGUCCGAUGCGGGCCUAAUGGGCGCCAUUGCCAAUGUGGGGGGCGUUACCCCAGAGGCACUGCGUCUGCUGCUGACACUUAUGGCUGGCUAUCCCAUCGCUGCAGUGUACACCAAAUAUAUUGCAGAGGUGCCCUUCAAGACGCUGCAUCACAUAUUCUUCUUCAGCUGUGGAGCUGGUCUCUGCUACUUCAACUACGGCGCGGACACAUAUCACUCGCUGCUGGGCAUCCUCGUCACAUAUCUGCUGGUGCUGUUCCUGCGGCACAACAUCAAGCUAAUGAUUGGCCUGAACUUUGUGUUCCACAUGACCUACCUGCUGCUGGGCUACUUCUUCACGUCCAGCAACGAGUACGACAUCCUCUGGACGAUGCCCCACUGCAUUUUGGUGCUGCGCAUGAUCGGCUUCGGCUUUGACGUCUCCGACGGCCUCAAGGCCCCGGAGGCGCUGUCCAAUGAGCAGAAGGAAACGGCUCUGCCGCAGGUGCCUUCGCUGCUGGAGCUCCUGGCAUUCGCGUACUUCCCCAGCGGCUUCCUCAUAGGACCACAGUUUCCCCUCCGUCGCUACCAGAAGUUUAUCAACGGGGAUUACCGCCAGCACGAGGGCAAUGUGGAGGCGGGCAUGCGUCGCCUGGCCACCGGCGUCUUCUAUCUAAUCGUUUGCCAGGUGGGACUCAGCUUCCUGCCCGACUCGUACUUCCUUACCCCAGAGUUUGCCCAGGUGGGCUUCAUCAAGCGGAUCUAUCUGCUCGGCUUUUGGGCCAAGUUUUGCCUGUACAAGUACAUCUCCUGCUGGCUGCUCACCGAGGGCGCUCUCAUCUACAUUGGCUUCUCGUACAAGGGCAAGGAUGAGCAUGGCCAGCCGGAUUGGUCGGGCUGCAGCAACGUCAAGCUGAUCCUCCUUGAAACGGGCAACACCAUGGAGCACUACGUGCAGAGCUUCAAUGUGAACACCAACCAAUGGGUGGGGCAGUACAUUUACAAGCGUUUGAGGUUCCUCAACAAUCGCACAAUCAGCUACGGGGCAGCUUUGGGUUUCCUGGCCAUCUGGCAUGGCUAUCACAGUGGCUACUACAUGGCAUUCGUCAUGGAGUACAUUGUUGUCACCACAGAGAAACAGAUCACUAACUUCUACGACAAGGUUGUGCUGCCUCAAUAUGGACACUUCCUGAACAACUCGGACAUGUACAAAGUGCUCUAUUUUGUGGCUCUUAAAUCCUACAACAUUGUCUUCAUGGGCUGGUGCCUGGCGGCCUUUGUGUUCCUCAAGUACGAGCGUUGGAUCGUUGUCUUUGGUGCCGUCAACUAUUAUGGCUUCAUUUACUUGCUGAUCUGGAUGGCCUUCUAUCAAAGCUAUCGCCACUUUACGCGCAAGAGCUCCAGGAGCAACGAAGACGUCACUGGCGCCAAGAGCAAGACGCAGUAAAAAGGAGGACGAGCUUCAAAUCAAUGUAAUUCUCUACCAAAAUAAUUAUGCCACACUGUAACCGGAGAGAUUUGUUAAACACUCAGACACACACUCGCAAAUAUCGAUUGACUAGUCAAAGCGGAGGAGUUACUAUCCCCCCCAA